GGUUUCAUCAAUGCAAAUCAUCCGAAUCCAACCUGCCGUCUUCGGGAAUAGUCCAGUGAUGUAAAAUCCCGAUUGUCUGCAGUGAAAUCACGUUGACACUUUACAAAAACCCUUUAGUCCUCCCUAAAACCGUAGGAUGUUCUCCCGGAGGGUGCGAAUGCUCCUAAAAAUUCGUGAUCAAUCAUCUCUAUUAAGAUCAUCACGCGAUUAUGUAGAACCUAACCUGAAUUUCUCAAUAGUCACCCCCAGGAAGUCGAGUUCUCCCUCCCCGAAGAGCUCAUGCUUCUCCACUCAGAAAAUCAAGGGUUACUCUAAGCUCUCGCAGGUACCACAGGCAUCAGCAAUCCCCGAUGAUCCAUCGGAUGAGGAUUGCAGCCACGAUGGAAGCAAUAGACCAAUCAGGAUGACUGAAAAUCGUCGUGCAUACGAAGUUCUCCAGAGUGACAGAUACAAGAAGACAAUAAUCCGGAAAAUAAUUCCCGAUGAGGAGUUCUCUGAGGAGACCAUCGAGAAUAUCCUCCAGAGAGAGUGGACAGAGACUCCAGAGGUGUCGAAGCUCAUGGAGAACUUCAGGAUCCUCUCGUACGACGCACGAUCGAAGAAUAAAAAAUUCACAGACAGACAUAUAAAAAUACUGGAGAGGCUGCAACUGGUAUGUAAGGACCUCCUGACAGAUCAGAUCUGGCUCCUUCUUAGGUACCUGGAGAUGUGGUACCCCAUGGAAAUUAAAACGAGGCUCAGGGCACUGACUGCCCUGGAGGAUGCCCUCGAUGAUGAGUGUUACAGGAGAGGCAUCGACUGGGACGCCGAUGACCUCCUCAUGACCUGUGACCUCUUCUAUCAUCUGAGGAGAGCCAGGCAGUCUAAAUUCAUUGGUUUCGCUAUGAAGAAACUAGGGCUCAAGCCCACGAAGAUGUCCUCCGAUAAUUACCCACAUUACAUGUACCUCCUCAGUAUUGGGAGGAAACCCUACAUCAAUAUGUAUGAGCUCGAGUAUCGUUUGGAGGCCAUUGUCGAGGAAUUCAAUGCUGAGGAACUCGCUGUCAUUGCUAUGGGAUUCUUCAAGACCGAAACUUCCAUUAGAAAUCCAGCACUCUCUGGUCAUAUCGUCCAGAAAUGCGUGGAUAACAUGAAUAAUCUUGACGAGAUUUUUAUCUCUGCUGUUAUGAAAAUGGCUAGGCACAGCGUACACCUCAGGGACAGAGAAAUAUUGAGGACUCUUCUCCGUCGGUUUCGACUCAGGAUUGACGAUAUUUCGACAGCUAGUCUCGUUCAUGCUGCCCACACUGGUGCAACGAGUUUAGUCUUUGAAAAAGAGGCCAUGGAUGCCAUAAUGAAUAAAUUAGUAGAGAAGGGUCUGUCAGAUGCAAGACUGAAGGACAUCGAGAGGCUCCUGUUCUGUCUUAUGAUUUUUAACUAUCCCAAGGAAUUUCCUCUGUACGAAUUAGCCCUCAAGGAGUUGAGGAACCCUGUGCGCACCACGGAGCGCCAGAAAUUCGCGGUGACGUACGCCUGCUCGCUGAUGUACCUCUCCCACGUGAAUAUUUAUCCCCUAGACAUUAUAGGAAGGAUCAUGAACCAUGAAUAUAUCAAACAAAUAUACAAAAAUAAUGCAUUCAAAGUUGGAAGGGAGUACUUGACUCUGGAGUCCGGACUCAAGAUCGAAGUGCCUGAAUAUAAAGGACCAUUUCUACCUGAGAGAAUUUACAACUUCCUGGCUAGGAGAUAUGCGUCUGAUGUUGUAUGGAGAGAAGAUCCAUCCGACAGAGUUCAAACGUACCACAAAUUCCUCUUCGAAGUGGUGCAUUAUCUGAAGGAAAUGGUAGGAGAGAAGAACUUGUUCAUCGACCAAGUGCUCCCCCAAUUCCAGAGAGCAGAUUUGAUCUUCUGCGUGGACAAUGACAACAAUUUCAUUCCCUCGGAGCCAAUGCUAAAAAAGUGCCCCACGUUCCAAGUGAAAUUCGCACCAGAAACGGCGAGCCUUCGGUGGUUUGUUGUUGUCCUGGCAACUCACAAUCACCUCUUCAGGGGUACAGCAGAAUUGAGUGGCUCUGUCGAAACCAAAUUGAGGCAACUGACGAGGAUCGGAUACACUCCAAUAACGAUCGUGCUGCCAACGUGGACGAAAUUGAAGGAAGCAGAACGAUCGGAUUAUCUUCGAAAUGUAAUAACAAAAACUAUAAACAAUAAAAAGCCUGUCUCCCCUUAAACUGGAUCGGUACAAAUAUAAAAA